AUGGAUGAUGAAAAAUUGAACGCCGCGAACGCGGCGACGCGAGAGGGGAAUCACCGCGCGUACGUUGGGAAGAUUCCCGAUUCCGUCGACGAUGCGUCGUUGACACGAAUCCUGCGCGUCGUCUGCGGUGACGGAUUCGUCGGGUUCAAGCGCGUGUCGGACCCGAGAACGAACGCGGGGAAGAGCUUUGGGUUCGCGUCGUUCGCGAGCGCCGAGAGCGCGAUGACGUGCGUCUGGGUGCUGGAUGGAUUGGAGAUUGUCGGUGGACGGCUGACGAGCAGCGCGAACGCGGCGACGCGAGACGCGCACGCGGAGAACGGAGGGAAGAGACGGUCGGAAUCGGAUUUGGAGACGAUGCGGGAGAUGGUGAGAGGCGUGUUGACGAAAGGGGGUGGAGUGGGACGCGAGGGCGAGGAGGAGGGGGAGAUCGCGGACGCGAGCGACGUCGCGCGGGCGGGCGUCGCGAGCGGGACGCGAGAGACGGCGGCGAGCGAGAACGGUAGCGGGCGAGACGGCGAGCGGUCUUGCGAUCAAGUUGGUAAGAACGAUGAUGAGGGGGUGAGAGGUCGGGCGUCGAGCGAUGGAGGGUCUUCGCGCGAACGGAGGGAGGGUAGGACGCGCGCGCGGUCUGGCGAGCGCGACGGAUCGCGCGAGCGAGACGCGCGCCGCGACGGAUACCACGGUGCUCGAUUCGGUGACGCCAGAGCUCCGAGGGGGCAUGAUUAUGAAGUGACAGAACGAAUAGAACGAUUGUGUCGCGAACGAGAGAAGGUGUGUGAUGAGAUCGCGGCGACGACGUCGCGUCUGCGGAGUCGGCGAGAAAAGCUCGCGCGAGAACGCAAGGUGGAUCGCCGCGAAGCUAUGCGGCGAGACCUGGAGGACAUGGAGGGUGAAGAUGGGGAAAUCAUUCCUCUAUGGGAUAGGUCGGACAAAGAGCGCGAACGGAGGAAGAGAUUCAGAGAGCGCGAGAUGGAAGAAGACGCGCGCGACCGCCGAGCAGAGGAGGAGGAGCGAGCGCGAGCGCAGGCGGAAGCUGUCGUCGCGGUCGAUCGAGACAACGACGAGAGAUCUGGCGGCGAGCGCAGAGAGCGGCGUUAUGAUUUACCUCCAGCCCCGCCGGAGCCGUCGCACACGGUGACGAGAGGAUUCACUGAACCCGCCGUGCCGCCGCCGCCGACGUCUUUCGGAUUGCCCAGGAAACCGGUGAGAGAGUCUGCGUUGACUGCAGGAUUGAAGCACGGUCUCGACAGCGGUGCGAACAAUGGCGGCGCGCGUAAAUAUGGCGGUGUGUUCGACCCCGAGGACGGCGGCGAAGAUCGCGUGCGACGGCGCAAGCAAGCCUCCUCCGUGGACGUCGCCGCGCUCGUCGCAAGCGUCCCAGUCAAUCGAGACGACGUCUUCGCCGCGUCCAUCGACUGGUCCGUCUACGAAGAUGCCUCCAUCGAGACUGCGGCCGAGCGUUGGAUCUCAAAAAAGUUCGUUGACCUCCUGGGUGAGCCCGAACCAUCGAUAAUUCGCUUCGUCCUCGACAAGCUUUCCGAGCGUCCGAAACCGCUCUCGCUCGUCUCGGCGCUCGCGCCGAUACUCGACCAGGACAUCGCCGACGACUUCGUCCUCGCCCUCUGGCGCGUGUUGAUCUUCGAAAUCAAGCACGAGCUCUUAGAGCGCGAUUAA